AUGCUUUCCAUCACAAUCAUUGCUCGGCACGGCGAUCGCUUAACCACCUUAGCCCGUGAUGUCCGCAGGCAACUAUAUGGCGUCGAAGGGGCCAGCGCAGUGCUGCGAACACUGCGCAUAUUCUCACACCCGUCCAAUAGAACCGCCCUUGAACAGGAGCUUUCUUUUCUGUCUUCCUUGAAGCCGGGCGAUCCAAUGGCUAAUGCUCUUCGUGACUCGCUUGAAACGGAGCGGUCCGGCGCCUUUAAUUACUAUAUCGAUACGUCGCCUUCUGUCUAUGACAUCAUCUCGUUCUCCCGUCAACGUCUUGGCUCAAAAGUGGGAGAUUGUAUCACAGCAAUUAUUGACAUCACAAACCUUGAUAGAUUGAAAUACUGUUUUGCCACAAGCGACCACAAGACCGAGGAUGCUCUAACGUAUGUUGGCCGAUUUUUGGAUGUUGAAGCACCAAUACGAAAGGCUCUCGAAGGUCAGCAUGUAGCUCACGCGAUUGCAAAGUUUGAAUUCAUUGAAAGCAUCAGUGUGUUGCCAGCUCUACCAAUUGGAAGCUCUGAAGAAGAUGUACCGCGCCGACCAGUUGUGAAGUCGUUGGUAGAUCUUUGCAUUGCUAAAUUACCCGACUUGUUUCAAUCAACUAAAAACGUCGGUGUCACUGAUCAUGAAGUUUUAGAUUUGUCUCAUAUCAAAACUUCAAUAUGGGAGUAUUCUGUUGAGAAUGCCAGCACGCUUGCAACAGCACCUGACCAUGUAUCUGCGGGGGUACUUGCCCUGGCGCUCAAGGGACAGUCCUAUAUAAAUCUUGCACCUUUCCGCGACCUGGCACCCACCGCUGCGAGGGCUGUGUUGCAAUCGCUUCCAGGAGCUCGGGCUAUCAAUUUAUCAGGGACAGCUGCAAUAGCUGACGACGAAAUCGAAGGAACGCUGGCUGCAAUCGGUCAUGAUCUCGAUGCACUGUAUCUACUUACUCCCCCAAGCCGUGUUGGAGAGCUACCAAAAGCGAUCAUGCUUGCGCUGAAAAAAUGGAAUCACAAAUGCUCCAAAGUGUUGAUAUCUUCUGUAUUAGAAGAGGGCACGAGAUGGGGAAUACACAAGUGGUUCAACCUAGAUCUUGCCAUAUACCCUUCGGUUUGCAGGAGUACACAAUAUGCAUCAUCCAGAUCAUUUCCCAUCACGCAAAUAAUGUACAAAAGUACCUUUAAAAAAGGUUUUGUGUCCUCGAGUCGCCCUAUUUUGGCACACGCUUUCAUCGGUGGCGGCCUCGUUGCUCCGUUUCGCUUAUGGACAGGUAUUCUAAAGACGAUUAAGGACAUGGAUUUGAAUCUUGGACUGGAAGAAUUACAAUUCGUCAAGUUCCUGAUCCACAAUCUAGCUUUGGGGCCACCGACACCAGAUUCUGAGGAGUAUUUGGAAGUCCGUUCGAUACCAACAACAGCUUCCUUUGUUGUGUAUAAACCAGCACCUACUGAGUCAGUAUAUAGCAAUCCAGGCUAUCAUAUGUGGGGUCUGACGCCUGAUGCUUGGACUGUCGUUGUCUUGCGGGAUGAAAUUCCCAAGGAUAUCCUAACUCAAGAUGGCAUAUUCAGAUGA